CCAGCUCUCCCAGCACCACCCGCGACACACUGUGGACGGUGAGCGCGGAGCAGGUUUUCAACCGCUGUGCCCCACUUUCUCCGACCCGGCCCUGGACCCAGCUCCAGAUUCCGACACGGCUCCACUAUGGAGGAAGCGGAUCGAAUCCUCAUCCAUUCCCUGCGCCAGGCCGGCACGGAAGUUCCUCCAGACGUACAGACCUUGCGAGCCUUCACCACUGAGCUGGUUGUAGAGGCUGUGGUCCGCUGCCUGCGCGUGAUCAACCCUGCUGUGGGCUCUGGCCUCAGCCCUCUGCUGCCUCUUGCCAUGUCUGCCCGGUUUCGGCUGGCCAUGAGCCUGGCUCAGGCCUGCAUGGACUUGGGAUAUCCCUUGGAGCUUGGCUACCAGAAUUUCCUCUACCCCAGUGAACCUGACCUCCGGGACCUGCUUCUGUUCCUGGCUGAGCGUCUGCCCACUGAUGCCUCUGAGGGUGCAGACCAGCCUGCAGGUGACUCAGCUAUUCUCCUCAGGGCCAUUGGGAGCAAAAUCCGGGAUCGGCUGGCCCUGCUCUGGGUUCCACCCCUCCUUCGCACUCCCAAACUGCAGCACCUCCAGGGCUCCGCCCUCCAGAAGCCUUUCUGUGCCAGCAGGCUGGCCGUGCCUGAGUUGAGUUCGAGAGGAGAGCAACGGGAGUUCCAGGCGAGUCCCCUGCUGCUACCAGCCCCCAUCCAGGUGCCCCAGCCUGCUGGGAGGGUGGCCUCACUCCUCGAACACCAUGCCAUCCAGCUCUGCCAGCAGACAGGCCAUGACCGCCCAGGGGAUGAGGACUGGGUCCGCCGGGCGCCCCGCCUGCCAGCCCAGGAGGAUAUACGGCCACAGCGGCAGCAGCUGCAGAAGCACCUGGUUGAGCACCUACGCCAAAGCUGGGGCUCUCUUGGUGUCCCCACACAAACCCGAGACCUGGGCGAGCUACUGCAGUCCUGGGGUGCUGGCGCCAGGACUGGUGCUCCCAAAGGUUCCCGCUUCACACAUUCAGAGAAGUUCACCUUCCAGCUGGAGCCUCAGGCCCAGGCAGCCCAGGUGUCAGAGGUGCCAGCCACCUCUCGGCGGCCUGAACAGGACACGUGGGAAGCUCAAGAACAGGAGCUAGAGUCCCUUCGGGAGCAGCUGGAGGGAGUGAACCGCAACAUCGAAGAGGUUGAAGCUGACAUGAAGACACUGGGCAUCAGCUUUGUGCAGGUGGAGACUGAGUGUCGGCAGAGCGAGCUCAGCACAGUGGAGCGUGAGCAGACCCUGCGCCUGAAGAGCCGGGCGGUGGAGCUGCUACCUGAUGGGGCUGCAAACCUCGCCAAGCUGCAGCUUGUGGUGGAAAGUAGUGCCCAACGGGUCAUCCAUUUGGCGGGACAGUGGGAAAAGCACCGGGUCCCGCUCCUUGCUGAGUACCGCCACCUCCGAAAACUCCAGGAUUGCAGAGAGCUGGAAUCUUCUCGACGGCUGGCAGAGAUCCAGGAACUACACCAGAGUGUUCGGGCGGCAGCUGAAGAGGCCCGCAGGAAGGAGGAAAUCUAUAAGCAGUUGGUAUCAGAGCUGGAGACUCUGCCCAGAGAUGUGUCCCGACUAGCCUACACCCAGCGCAUCCUGGAAAUUGUGGGCAACAUCCGGAAGCAGAAGGAAGAGAUCACCAAGAUCUUGUCUGACACAAAGGAACUUCAGAAGGAAAUCAACUCUCUCUCUGGGAAGCUGGACCGGACGUUUGCGGUGACUGAUGAACUUGUGUUCAAGGAUGCCAAGAAGGAUGAUGCCGUUCGGAAGGCCUACAAGUACCUAGCUGCCCUGCAUGAGAACUGCAGCCAGCUCAUCCAGACCAUUGAGGACACAGGCACUAUCAUGAGGGAGGUUCGAGACCUUGAGGAGCAGAUCGAGACAGAGAUGGGCAAGAAGACCCUUAGCAACUUGGAGAAGAUCCGUGAGGACUACCGAGCCCUUCGCCAGGAGAAUGCUGGCCUCCUGGGCCGGGUCCGGGAGGCCUGAGGAACUCCCAGAAGAAAAAUCUCCCCAGACUUGGGCAGGGAUUUGGGGUAUGGGAGGUGGUGGCCAAGUACCUAUCCUCCCUAUUCCCUCUGCUUCUUGUCCAGUUCCUCUCACUGCAGCCUUGGACCCAGAAUCCUGCCCGCCUGGCCCAACCCUCAUCUAGGGUGAUCAUCUGGCCUUUGGGAGCUUGGCUGCAGUUUAUUGGGGAGCGUACUGGGGUAUGGGGCCUUGAAUCUCAAAUAAAUGAGGAGCGCUUCUGCAGUGGAA